CAAGCCGCCAAAGUAGUCUAACGUGCUGCCUGUCAAUAUGACGUUUUUAAUGUAAAUUGAGUGUUUAUUAAAGCUAAUUUGAACUGAAAUUGGACAUAACAUAUUCAAAAUGAAUAUCAAGGCAGCUCUGGCCAUAUGUAUGGUCUUCGUCGGAUGUUGUUCCAACGUAGUUUUUCUUGAACUAGUUGUGAAAGAAGACCCGGGCGCUGGGAAUUUGGUGACAUUCCUACAGUUCUUAUUCAUCGCCUUCUGUGGAUUCUGUACCGUUGGAAAAUUCGGUACAGCGAAAAGAAACAUACCGUUCAAGCAAUACCUGAUUUUGGUUGGAUUUUUCUGGACAAGCAGCGUAGCUAAUAACUAUGCGUUCGAUUUCAACAUUUCGAUGCCUUUACACAUGAUCUUCAGAGCGGGAUCAUUGAUGGCAAACAUGGCAAUGGGCGUGUGGAUUUUGAAGAAGCAAUACCCGGCGUUGAAGUACAUGGCUAUCUUCAUGAUUUCCGCUGGUAUAGCCAUAUGCACUAUUCAGUCCAGUGGGGAAGUUAAAGCGCCUAGAGAAACCCAUUCAGAUGCGGAAGAAGAAGCGAGGUUGAAAUUCAUUGAUUGGCUUUGGUGGUGUCUCGGCAUAACCAUAUUGACUUUUGCACUGUUUGUAUCGGCUCGAAUGGGAAUCUUCCAAGAAUCCUUAUAUUCAAAGUACGGAAAGCAUCCUUGGGAAGCGCUGUACUACGCUCACUUAUUACCUUUAGUUAUCUGGCUGCCGUCAGCUGGGAAUUUGAUAGGACACAUUAAAUUAGCUGCAGAAACUGCUCCAGUGACUUUCUUAGGAUUUACAAUGCCCAUACAAGUAUUAUGGCUGCUUUUAUAUGUGGUUACUCAAGGACUUUGUAUAAGUUCAGUGUAUGUUUUGACGACAGAGUGUGCGUCGUUGACUGUGACCUUAACAGUGACUCUAAGAAAGUUUGUGUCACUUUUGUUCUCGAUAGUUUACUUUCAGAAUCCGUUUACUGUUGGACAUUGGAUUGGGACACUGUUAGUGUUUAUAGGUACUUUGAUAUUUACGGAGUUAUUGCAGAAGUUUGUGGCAUUGUUCUUGCCAGCUAAAGUUGAUGAUAAGAAGAAGAAGAAAUAAUUUGUGGUCAAAGCUUUUUUUUACGAAAACAAAAAUGUUAUUUGUUUUAAAGCAUUUAAUUGCUAUACCUAAUAUUGACUCUUGGGUGUCACUAACUUAUUAUUUCUAAUAAAAAAAACAGUAAUAAUAACUUUUAAAAAUAUCUUAUAGCAAAUCUAGAUCUCUCAAAGCCUAGUUACUACAAUUAAAAAAAAACCUUAUAAAUAUACUUUAAUAUGUCAAUGAAAAAAUAAUGAUUAUCUAAUAAUAUAAGAACAGAUUGUAUAUAUUAACAAAUUUUGUUUAUCUAAGUAUAUUAUUAUGAUUUAUCUACAUGUAUUCUUUAUCAUUUUAUGUAAGUAAUUCUUAUGUUUGUAAUAAAUAAUAUUGUAUAAAACACUUGUUUGUUAUAGGUAUUUUUGUGAUGUUAUGUAAAAUGUGGACAAAUAUGGACGUUAUUUUUUUUUGUUAUAAAACAACCUAUGCUCAAUGUUACACUUUAAGGUGCCAUAUAAAACCAUGAAAAUAUGUUUUAUACUUUGACUAAUGACUUUGACUAAUAAUAAUUUUAUACUUUGACUAAUCGACGACCGGUCUGGCUCAGUCGGUAGUGACCCUGCCUGCUAAGCCGCGGUCCUGGGUUCGAAUCCCGGUAAAGGGCAU